CCCUUCGCGCCCCGCGACGCCGGCGGGAGGCGGGACUUUUCUGGCGCGCGCGCUCCCCGCGAUUGGCUCCGUGGCGGCCUCUCGCGCCCACCUUUGUGCAGCCCCGCAGCCCGUCGAGAGUGGGAGGGGAAACCCCGUGCGAGGGGCGCCGCCAUCUUGGAUAAGGGGGGUGAUGGGGGCGCAGUGGAGCCAGCGGAGCAGAGCCUGAGGGAGAGCCGGAGCGAGGUGGGGACUCGGCCCGGCCGCUGCCCAGCCCAAGCACAGCGCUUCAGUGCCCGCAGGGGGACCGGGCUGCCGCCGGCAGAGCCACGCUGCACAGCCACACGCUCCCCGAGCCCAGUGCCACAAUGGCAACUGCACCUUACAACUAUUCCUACAUCUUUAAGUACAUCAUUAUUGGGGACAUGGGUGUAGGGAAGUCCUGUUUGCUUCACCAAUUCACAGAAAAGAAAUUUAUGGCGGACUGUCCCCACACAAUUGGUGUUGAGUUUGGCACAAGAAUAAUUGAAGUUAGUGGCCAAAAAAUUAAACUACAGAUCUGGGAUACAGCAGGACAAGAGAGAUUCAGGGCUGUCACACGAAGCUAUUACAGAGGAGCAGCAGGAGCUCUCAUGGUCUAUGACAUUACCAGAAGAAGUACGUAUAAUCACUUAAGCAGCUGGCUGACAGAUGCAAGGAAUCUCACCAAUCCAAAUACUGUGAUAAUCCUCAUAGGAAAUAAAGCAGAUCUGGAAGCACAGAGAGAUGUUACAUAUGAAGAAGCCAAACAAUUUGCUGAAGAAAAUGGUUUAUUGUUCCUUGAAGCAAGUGCAAAAACUGGAGAGAAUGUUGAGGAUGCAUUCCUGGAGGCUGCCAAGAAAAUCUACCAGAAUAUCCAAGAUGGAAGCCUGGAUCUGAACGCUGCAGAGUCGGGUGUACAGCACAAACCAUCAGCUCCGCAGGGCGGGCGGCUAACCAGCGAACCCCAGCCCCAGAGAGAAGGCUGUGGCUGCUAGUGACCUCUUUCAUGGCUUCAUUUCUGACCUUUCACCUCUGUCUGUUGGGAGCAGUGCUUUUGAUUGCUUCCCUGUCUUCUGUACAUCUUAUUGGGUUUAAUUAAAACUGAAACAAGUUUAACACAGUACUAAACUGCUAAACAACUUUAGAUGUAAUCAGGUUAUCAAAGGCAAGUAGAGUAAUAAAACCUCUCCUGCAUGGUGAAUCUAGAAGUUUUUUUUUUUCCUUGAUUGUCCUUGUGAUAGUGUCACAGAUACAUAAUUUAAACUGAGCACUGAUGCUGGACUCAUGAUUUUACACUUUCGCAGGGCUUUGUCUUGUACGGUUUAAUUUUAUGGUUCUUCAGCCUUUCUUCCCCACCUCUUAACUGUGUAGAGCUGUCCAUAGUAAAGGAUAAGGUUUUUUUUUUUCUUUGCUGUGAAAUGACUUCUGAUGGUAGAAAGGGGCUCCGUAACAAUGUGCUUUGUCGAAAGAAUUCCCCAUGGUGUGCAUGUUGGGGGCGGGGGGGCUGGCGCAGGAGUGUACAACUUGCACAGGGAAACAACCCAUUCUUGUGCUCAUAGCUUUACAUCAUUUUUUGCCACUCUUAUCCUUUACAUUUGCUAACAGAACGUAAAUAUGUAUAAAAUUUGAAGGAACUGAGCUAACAGUUAAAUACAUCCUGUGUAUAUGAUUUUAAUGAAGAAAAUGAUUACUGGCAUUAGAACAGUAUAUAAGAAAAUAUCAGUUUGUACAGUAUGACCUGUAUGUGACCGCAUCGCCCAUCAGUACAGACACAGGUGUCACUGCAGUUCACUCCCAUCAGCUUAACUCCUUGGUGUCGGCAGUGGACGUUGUGCUGGGGGAACUCUAAUCCCAGUGCCGAAAUUAACACUAGUGGAAUCUGUCAGUCAUCUUUGCACUGUGGUAUAUCUAUGCCAUGUUAUUAAUCCCGUUCUGUGCAAUCAGCAGCGUGCUAAUCUGCUUUUUUCUUCUGUAAGCAUUUCGCAUUAUUGGGCUUCGUUACCUGCCUUGCACUGUAUACCAAGGCUGGUUCUCUUGCACAUCUUACGCUUUUAUACCUUUAACUUUUUGAAUGGUCAGAUACUGAACUGGACAGUCAAAGCAACUUGUGUUCUCUAGGGAUUUGUAGCUACUGUUGUAUUUUAACACUACGGCCCGAGGGCUUCUUCUAAGACAGGUUUCUUCAUGAAGAGUACCACCUUCCUGGGCUGGCACAACGUGUACCGCUUCUAUCAAGGGGAGAUAGCAAAAUCCACGUGUGUACUUGACCAACUGCACGUGGGGUUUGUGCUGGCAGGACUAGACUGUGUCGCUCUGUAUGCAGCAGCGUAUGGCACGGAUAGCUUCACUUGAGAAAACAUGGAGUACAAUUUCUAAAUGGAAAGGGUGAGUGUUUAACCACGCUCAGAUGUCUAACUUCUAGUCUUACUGUGGUGUUUAAAAUACAAAGUAGCCUUAAAAUCCUUCUCUAGACACUAAAACUAUAAACUGUUCAGACAUUUAAGUCUACAGUGGUACCAGAGUAUUGUACAGUCAAUGUUAAAUAAAAGCCAAAAAAAAAAAAACUGGAAUGUGCAGACAAUAGGAUUUGGGUAACUUGUUUGUGCGCUGUCCCUUUGUUUUGUCUGGUUAGUUUUUUUUAACUAGUAUCCUUUAGUAGAUGGCUAUGUUUGAGCUCUACAGCUAAUGCGUCCUGCUUAAACCAAGGUUGUACCACAGCGGGGUUUGCCCAGGGACCAGGACCUGCUGCUGCCAUGAAGGUUGGAAGUAAAUGUUCUAAUGACUACAGCUUGGUGAGGUGCAAUACCUGUAUUCCCAGAAUAAGUUACAGUAGGUCUUAUUGUUUCUGUCACAGAAAGGAUUUGUUUGGACUGCUGUACUCCUCAUUUGAUGUAACAAUGCUAUUAAUCUAAAUAUUUGUAAAUAAAGUACCUGUAUCUAGAUAAA